AUGCGGUGAAGGAAGUUUUCCUUGAUAUUGCUUGUUUCUUUAAAGGUGCAGGCAAGGACUUUGUGAUUGAAAUACUAGAAGGUUGUGACCUCAACCCUAAGUAUGAUCUUGAAGUACUCGUGGAAAAGGCUCUUAUAAAUAUUACAAAAGAAGGCUACAUUUGGAUGCAUGACUUGAUACAAAAAAUGGGUAAAGAAGUAGUUCGCCAAGAGUCACCAACUGAGCCCGGAAAACGUAGUAGGUUGUGGUUUCACGAGGAUGUUUACCAUGUUUUAACAGAAAACACAGGAACGGAUAAGAUCAAAGGUAUUAUGGUGAAGUUGCCUGCUGGGCUUGAGUCAGAUGAGGUAUGUUUGAAUGCUGAAAGCUUCUCAAAGAUGAAAAAUCUUCGACUUUUUAUAAAUCAUAAUGCGCGCUUGUCUGGAGAAGUUGAUUAUCUUCCCAAUGAGUUGAGGCUCCUUAGCUGGCCUGAAUAUCCGUCACAAUCUUUGCCAGCCAAUUUUAAUUCAAAGAAACUUGUUGAUCUUACUUUGCCUCGCAGCUGCAUUUUACGACUGGAUUUGCAAUUCAAGAGUUUGAAAUUUAUAAAUGUGGAGCACAGCAAAUUCCUAAGAAAAACCCCUGACUUCUCUGGAGUCCCAAACUUGGAGAAUUUGAAUCUGAACUAUUGUACAAGUUUAGUUGAGCUUCAUCCUUCUGCUGGAUUCCUUCAAAAGCUUGUUAAGUUGAGUCUUAAGGGAUGCCGUAGUCUUACUCUGUUUCCAAGAAUUGUCAACUUGAAAUCUCUGCUGGAGUUGAAUCUUUACGGUUGCAUAAGUCUUGAGAAUUUUCCUGAAAUUACGGGGAAGAUGGAAUCUUUGAAAAACCUGGGUCUAUCAAAUACUUCCAUCAAAGAAUUGCCUUCAUCGUCAAUUCGACAUUUCACUCGUCUCGAGAAAUUGUAUUUAGCCCGAUGUAAAAACCUUACAAUUCUGCCAUGCAGCAUUUAUGAGUUGAAGCACCUAGAGGAAAUUUCUGUCAGUAAUUGCUCAAAAUUUGUUUCAUUUCCUAAAAUGGCGAAGUCUGAAGAUUCAAGGAGUGCAGAAUCACUUGUGACUCUUCAUGGAGGCAAUUUAGCGUUUCCCAAGCUAUCUAGAUUCUAUGUGGGGGGAUCCAAUCUUUCAGACAUUGCCGAUUUCCUUCUGACUCUUGAUUGCAUGACCACAUUAACUAGACUUGAUCUAUCAGGAAGCAAUUUCGUUAGUCUUCCCAUAUGCAUUAAUAACUUUGUCCACUUGAAUGAACUUUGGUUGGUUGGUUGCAAGAGACUUAGAGAAAUUCCAGAUCUUCCACAAGCAUUGCGACUUUUAGAUGUGAGUGAUUGCUUAUCAUUGGAAACAGUUUCAAAAUUGUCCAACAUUUUGGAACGUAAAGAGUCUCAAAUGUUCAUGGAAAUGUACUUGACUAAUUGUUGGAGACUGCGUAACAAUCUGGUUCGAAUUGCAAAGAAGAAAAAUAUGUUCAUAAAUCAAGUCAAUCUCUUCUCUCUCUUUCUCUCGUCUCUCACAUCUUGUGUCGUGGUUGAAUUUCCAGGAAGUGGAAUUCCAAAGUGGUUCAGUUAUCGUAAGGAUUUCAAGGAUCUUUGCGAAUGUCAAUUCUCUAUUAAAAUCCCUCAAAAUUUCAAUUGGGAGAACAAAGGAAUUUCUUUUUGUGCUUUUCUCGAAAAGACCAAAAAUCGGUUAUAUAUUGAUGUUAAACCCAGCAUCAGGGAGUUUGCUAUUGAUGUAUACUUAAAUGAAGUAUACCCUGUUAAUAUUCGUCCAACAGGGAAAGCCUCAAGUUUCGUGUCACUGUCAUAUAUCCCUUUCCAUCAUUUGAUGUGGGCAAGAGCACGCUUUUGGGAGACUGAACGCAUGAAAAGAACAUGGGUGAUGCCGCCUUAUUUGCCUACAAUCCGAGUUCAUUUUGUGCGUAUUAGCAAAGCUGUGAAAAGCUGCGGAGUCCACCUAGGCUUUGCAUGUUGCCUCAUGUUGGGGAGAGAAAGACGGAAAUUAAUGAAGCUGUUGUUCCAGAAGAAAUUGAAAGCUCGUCCUUCAUUCGAUGUAGAUACUAGUGGACUUAAAAGAAAGGAGGUGCAGUCAUCAACCCCAACAAUGCUGUCCAAGUUCAAGAGUUGUUUUCGCAAGUUUAAGAGGGCUUUCACAAAUGCAACUACUGCUAAUGAGGCAGUAAAGCUCCGGUCUUGGCCCCCUACCACUGUUGUGUAG